AUGAGCCAAAAAAGCGGCGACGACGAUGAGGUGGAAGACCUCGAAGUAGCGGCGAAGCUAGCCCGCGACAUAGAAGAAAAGCUUCGACGGGUGUCUUCCGGCCGGGCAAAAAGGUCCGAAAUCGAAGAAUUAUUUGCGAAAGUCAGAAAUCAGAUUGACAACUACGCAUCCGAGUACUCGCGCGAUCGAAAGGACGGCUCCAAGUCGCGCGCGUCGGCCGAGAAUCAGCCAAGUACAUCGGCGAUGCCGGAAGCUGAUGUAGAUGAGGCCGAGCCGCUUCCUUCGACUUCUUGGGCCCGUGCCGACACGCCGGGCGCUGAUCAGAUGUUUGCCGAGAUUUUGGAUAACCCGGCUGUUUGCUCGACACCGGAUCCGGAGGUUCUGACUGAAUCGAGGGAGGCCUCGCCAGUGAUUCGUGACCGCCCGACAACCUCAAAACGUCGCGAAGAAUUCCUCUCGGAGGAGAGCCAGGAGAGCGUCGACGAAAUGCAGCUCGACGACGACGCCGCCGCCGCCGGCGAUGGUCUGAAGUACACCAGGCUGCUGCCGGUGAAGAAGAGCAAAAACACUUCUGCUUUCCCCAAGGCAUUCAUGCAGCUGUUCAGCGAUAGUCCGACCGAGAGCGCCUACACAAGUAGCGAAUCCAAGGAGUCGCAGGCGCCGGACAACACGACGAUCGAAUUGUCUGACGAUGAGGAAAUCCCCGAAACGGUCCCCUGCCGAACGCCAAAAAGAGCGCCACUCGACAAGACUUUCUCGGGCGAUGAGGACGAUGAGGAAACCGUACGGCCGGCCACCCAAGAAUCGACGAACAGCUUCUUGAACAAGGUCAACGCUCUGGACGACUCGCAGAAGUUGCUGACCCCAGUCGCCAGCCCGAUUGAAAAGCAGCGCUCACAGCAGGAGGUCAAGUCCGAGAAGGCGUCACCGCCUAAGAAACGCCCGGCACAGAAGGGGCCCGAGCCCCCUGAGUGCGAGGUGAUCAUCUUGAGCGACGGACCAAUGGAAGAGGACGGCGACAGCGACCAUUCCGUGGUGAGCGACGAAGAUCUGCGGCUACAGGCCGAGAUCCGGAAAGAGCAUGGCAUCGGCCUGAAGAAAAAGAAAAAGAGCUCGAAAAAGAAGGACUCGCCAAAGAAAAAGAAGAAGAAGCCCGAGUCGGACGAGGGCAGCUCGGAUUCCGAAUUGGACGAGCUGCUCUCCAAGUCGAAGAAGGCGUUGAAGAAGCCGAAAUUCAAGAAGAAGGGCAGCGACGAGGCGGCGGAUGAGGAUGAGAUCGAGGAGGUGUCUUCGGAUAGUGUCUUUUCCGACGGUGAUUCGGAUAAGCCGAAGAAAAACGGAAAGGAAUCAUCUGCCAACGUAUCUCCCUCCAAAAGUUCCAAUGGCAAUGGCCGGCUCUUCAGAAGCACAAAACAUCGAUCUGCUAAGGAAAAGACGAGAAAGCAAAAAGAUGGCUCCGGAAGUGGACCAUCUGUAGAAGGCUCCGACUCUGAAGAAGAUGACGACAAGGAGAAGUCGCCCAGAUUGGGAUUGAAGCCGGAUAAAGACCUGCAAAAGGCGAAGAGGUUGCUGGAUUCGCUUGAUUCGGAUGGGAGUGACGAGGAAAACGGGAACAAGGCCAAGAAGCACAAGGAGAAGAGCAAAUCUUCCGGCAAAAAGAGAAAGGUCGUGAUCCUGUCGGAUUCUGAUUUUUCCGGCAAAGGAGAAGCGGAAGAGAGUGAAGAUGAUGAGGCCAGCGACAACUCCAACGCGUCCAGCGAAGAGAAGGAAGUCAAGAAGCCCGCUGCGAAGAGGGCCCGACUUGUUGAAGACGACGAUGACGACAACUCGGUGGCCGCCCAGGAGAAGAAGAAAGCGCGCGGCUCGAAGGCCAUCUUGACCAAGGACAAGCUCGCCAAGGAGACCGUCGACGCCGAGAAGGCUGAAAAGGAACGCCGAAAACGCCUCGAGAUCAAGCAGCGCGAGUUCAACGGCAUCGAGCUGGCCGAGGAGGAGGACCUGGCCGCCGCGCUGGAGGGCUCGCAGAAGCGCUCGGUGCUGAAGAACGUCAUCCUCGACCCGGAUCGCAACGGCGACCCCCCGAUGCCUGUGGCCAUUCAUCAGUCUUUGGUCAAUAUUCUGAAGAAGCAUCAGGCCGAGGGUAUCCGCUUCAUGUACGACUCCAUCUUCGAGUCGCUCGACCGUCUCGAGGAGGAGGGCGGUGGCGGAAUUCUCGCUCACUGCAUGGGUCUCGGCAAAACGCUGCAGGUGAUCACCUUCCUGCACACGAUCAUGAUGCACGAGAAGCUCGGCAAGAAGAUCAAGCACGUGCUCGUCGUCGUCCCCAAGAACGUCGUGCUCAACUGGUUCAAGGAGUUUGCCAAGUGGCUGCUCAACAACGAUCCCGAGCUGGACACGAUCGAGGUGAUGGAGCUCGACUCGUUCAAAACAAACGCCGAUCGCCACCGGGCCCUCAAGAAUUGGUAUGAGAGCGAGUAUCCGUGCGUGAUGAUCAUCGGCUACGACAUGUUCCGCCAGCUGACCGUGCACGAGGAGGACCAGCACAAGGCCCCAAAACGUGCCGGCGCGAAGCCGAAGCCCGCCCGCAAGCCGAACAAGAAGAUGGCCAAGUUUGUCGACGAUUUCCGCUACUAUCUGCAAGAUCCCGGCCCGGAUCUCGUCGUCUGUGACGAGGCGCACAAGUUGAAGAACAGCGAGACGACCCUGACGAAGACGAUGGUCAAGAUCAAGACGCGACGGCGCCUCUGUCUCACCGGAACACCGCUGCAGAAUAACCUCAACGAAUACCAUUGCAUGGUGGACUUUGUCAAGCCGGACCUGCUCGGCUCGAAGAAGGAGUUCGCCAAUCGAUUCGGGAACCCGAUCGAACGGGGACGCACCAAGGACGCCACCGACGCCGAGUUCCGCUUCAUGAAGCGGCGAUGUCACGUGCUGUUCGAGACGCUCAAGAAAUGCGUUGAUCGCAAGGACUACACGGUGCUAAUGGAGGCCAUCCCGCCCAAGCAGGAGUACAUGCUCAACGUCAGCCUCACCGAGGCACAGUGCAAACUCUACCGCGGAUUCCUGGAUAAUGUCGAUAAGUCGGCGUACAGCAAGCGUCUCCUCGCCGACUACUACAUGCUGGCCCGUAUCUGGACGCAUCCGCAUCAAUUGAUUGUGCAUGGAGAGGCUAUGGAGAGAAAGAGAAUGAUGGAGGACGACCGGGAAGAAGAAGAAGACUUUAUCGACGACGGUUCGGGCACGGAUACUGAUGAGGAAUCGGUGAAGAACGCCUCGGACAGCGACGUCAUUUGUGAGGAUGAUGCUCCGACGUCAUCGAGAAAGACGCGCAACAGUCGUCGCUUGGCGGGCGAUUCGGCGUCGGAGGACGGGCUGCGCGAGGGAACGCCCGGCGAGCUCUCCGGCUGGUUCACCGAUCAGAAGCUGGUCAGCUCGGACGACAAGUACAAAUGGGAACUGUCCAACAAGCUCAUGCUCCUCAUCCAGAUCAUCAAGAAGUGCGAGGAGAUUGGCGAUAAAUUGCUUGUCUUCUCGCAAUCGCUGGAAUCCCUCGGCCUCAUCAAGGAGAUGCUCACCUUCUUCGACCAGACGCAAUCGUGGUUCACCGACGGCCACGAGGCGCUGAACGGAAACGAGCACUGGGGAUGGAAGGAGAACCGCGACUACCUCUGGAUCACCGGUGCUGUCAAUGCCAAGCAGCGGGACAAGAUCCAGACCCAGUUCAACAACCCAUCCGAGUUGAGGCCUAGGCUGAUGCUCAUCUCCACCAAGGCCGGCUCCCUCGGCACGAACAUGGUGGCCGCCAACCGGGUCGUCAUAUUCGACGCGUGCUGGAAUCCCUCGCACGACACGCAGUCCCUGUUCCGCGUCUACCGCUUCGGCCAGACCAAGCCCGUGUACAUCUACCGCAUGAUUGCUCAGGGCACCAUGGAAGAGACCAUCUACAAGCGCCAGGUCAUCAAGGAGUCCACGUCGAUGCGCGUCGUCGACGAGGCGCAGAUCAUGCGCCACUACGAGGGGUCCGAUUUGGCCGAGUUGUAUCAAUUCAACCCCAAGGAGCUGAAGGGCGGGCAUCAACGGUACGCGCCGCCGCAAGAUCGUCUCCUGGCCGACGUGCUGCACAAGCUGCCCGACGCCAUCACCGACUAUGUUCAGCACGACACGCUGUUCCACAACAUUGUCGACGAGAAGCUGACGGAGGACGAGAUCCAAGAAGCCUGGGCCGACUACGAGCAGGACAAGAAGGUGCCACGGCCCUACAGCAACUUCACCAGCCAGUGGCACAACCCGCAGAUGAACGGCCUCAACGCCGAUGCGCAGCGCGUCAUGGAUGCACAGAGCAAGAUAAACCAGUUGCGCGCCGACCCGGUCUACUUCUCGUGCUUCACCCUCGGCGGAAUGGACAACGACACCGCCACAAAGGUGACGUGGAUCAAGCGUGCCCUGGACGAGCUGUUGCCUCGCAUCCCGCCGGAGAUGCGCGGCGGCAUCGGCGAGUUCUCCACCUACUUCAUCAAGCUCAUCAACGCGUCGAUUGGGGCCAAAGAACGCCCGCCGCAACUCUUCCAGAAGAGCGUCAACGCGUUCAGGAGCGUCGUGAAGAUGGUAUUCGACGUGCCAGAAUGCCGUGAGCUGCUGCGAAGACUCUACCCGAUGGCGUCGCCGUUCUUCGACCCGAAUAUGCCGCCCCCG